CCACGCACCCCUCAUCCCCCCCUCCUCUACAAAAGGGAAGAACAAAGACGACAAGAAGAAGACGACGAGGAGUAGCUUCUUUGUUAAAUAAGAAGCCUUGGAGAAGUGAGAAUACGAGAAGAAAGAUGGCCGGAGAGCACAUUCUCCUGUCCACCGAGAUCGUGAACCGUGGGGUAGAGGCCUCAGGCCCUGAUGCAGGCUCACCAACUUUCUCUGUUAGGGUCCGGCGAAGGCUGCCGGACUUCUUGCAGUCGGUGAACCUGAAGUAUGUGAAGUUGGGAUACCACUACCUUAUCAGCCAUGGUAUAUACUUGGCGACGAUACCGGUUCUAGUGGUGGUGUUCAGCGCCGAGGUGGGGAGUUUGAGUAGAGAAGAGCUAUGGAAGAAGGUGUGGGAGGAGACAAGCUACGACCUCGCCACUGUGCUGGCUUUCUUUGGCGUGCUUGUCUUCACCGCCUCAGUCUACUUCAUGUCCAGGCCUAGGCCUAUCUACCUCAUCGACUUCGCCUGCUACCGUCCCUCCGACGAUCUAAAGGUGUCCAGAGAGGAGUUCGUGGAGCUGGCCCGGAAGUCCGGCAAGUUCGAUGAGGAGAGCCUAGCCUUCCAGUCCCGGAUCCUCAAAUCCUCCGGCAUCGGCGACGAGACCUGCGUUCCGAGAUCCAUAUUCUCCCCUGGCAACUGUGCCACCAUGAAGGAAGGCCGUGCCGAGGCCUCCAUGGUUAUGUUCGGCGCCCUCGACGAGCUCUUCGAGAAGUGCCGCGUUCGUCCUAAGGAAGUCGGCAUCCUCGUCGUGAACUGCAGCCUCUUCAACCCCACCCCAUCCCUCUCAGCCAUGAUCGUAAACCAUUACAAGAUGAGGGGUAACAUCCUGAGCUACAACCUCGGCGGCAUGGGGUGCAGCGCCGGAAUCAUAGCCCUCGACCUCGCCCGCGACAUGCUGCAAGCCAACCCUAAUAACUACGCGGUGGUCGUGAGCACCGAGGCAGUGUCGUUUGCAUGGUACACCGGCCGCAACCGGUCGAUGCUGAUUCCAAACUGCUUCUUCCGCAUGGGGUGCUCGGCGGUGCUGCUCUCGAACCGGAGAAGGGACUUCCGGCGGGCCAAGUACCGGCUGGAGCACAUUGUGAGGACUCACAAGGGAGCCGAUGACCGGAGCUUCAGGUGCGUGUGCCAAGAGGAGGAUGAGCGAAGGAUCAAAGGCCUGUCCCUCAGCCGUGACCUCAUGGAAGUCGGCGGCCACGCCCUCAAGACCAACAUCACCACCCUGGGCCCCCUCGUCCUCCCCUUCUCCGAGCAACUCCUCUUCUUCGCCUUCCUCCUCUUCCGCUGCCGAUCCUCCAACUCCGCCGCCAACUCGAAGCCGUACAUCCCUGACUACAAGCUCGCAUUCGAGCACUUCUGCAUGCAUGCAGCGAGCAAGGUCGUGCUGGACGAGCUCCAGAGGAACCUUGAGCUCAGCGACCGACACAUGGAGGCGUCGCGCGCCGUCCUCCACCGCUUCGGCAACACGUCGAGCAGCAGCAUCUGGUACGAGCUCGCCUACCUCGAGGCCAUGGGCCGGGUGCGGCGCGGCGACCGGGUGUGGCAGCUGGCCUUCGGUUCUGGUUUCAAAUGUAACAGUGCUGUCUGGUCGGCGAUGCGUCGGGUCCGGCGGCCCACCCGGAACCCCUGGCUCGACUGCAUUCACCGGUAUCCGGUUGGCCUCUAGAGUUGGAGCUUAUUGGACGCGCAGUAUGGCCAGUAGCCAGGGACUCUUUUGCAUGGUUGUUUUGCUCCCAUGGUGGAUUAAUAUUGGACUUUCUUGCUUUGAUUAAUGAUUUAGUUUUACAGUUUGGACGUGGGAAUGUUAUGAGAUUAGUUUGAAUGUUACUAGCAAGUGCAUCCUCGUUCC